AUGGAAGCUUUUGCUCCACUUCCUGCUCCUUCUCGCCUCUUCGGGACCUGCAGCCACUCCAAACCUGAUGGAGAGGUGCCAAGUCAUACUCAAUCUUCACAAGGGACACUCCGCUCUUGUCGCCCUGACCAAGGAGUCAUUGCCAACGCCAGCCUUGCUUCAGCAGGCAACUAUGAACUUCGACUUGAUGAACUUGACGGAAUCCAACCACCUGCCCAGGAGCGUGCUGAAGCACAGGGCCUUUUGCCCAUCGGUGGAGCUACAGGAACCUUUUGUGUGCCUGGCGACGCAGUUGGUCGAGAUUGGCCAGUUCCUGCCACAUUGACGUGGAUUCCUUGGGCCGUUGAGGCAAAUGAACGGCCAGAAAGUGUUUGGCCGCCGACUGCAGGAACAAAUCCGGCCAAGAAAAAGCUUCACUUAAAGAGGCAAAGCCAGCCGGGCGCAGUGCUACUAUGCAACGAUGACUUGCAAUCAGGCAUUGGAACACUGCAAUAA